UUGACUUUGGACGGAACAGUUAGAUUAAAAUCCUCCACUCCUAUGUUAGUUAGUAAUUCAGCUGCUGGGAAUACAAGACUUAAUGCAGUGCGUGAUUUAUUCAAAUCUGGAUGCAAUUUAUUCUCAAUAUGGAGUGUCUUGAAAGGAAAAGUAGGUUCCAGGUCGCAUACGCUCUGAGUAUCAUUAUCAUUCUAUCGUGUCCGAUGAAUGAAGGUGCUAAUAUUUUGGUUGUACCUAUCGAGGGUAGUCACUGGGUCAAUAUGCGAGUUCUAAUCGAAGAGCUGAAACUUCAGGGGCACGAUAUUACUGUGCUGUUUUUCUCAACAUCUUGGUACAUCAGAGAAAGGCCGGAUCUAUAUCAAUCCAUUGUGGUGGAAAUGCAAGGAUUCCUUACCCAAAGUUCAAAUGAAGAAUUUGUAGGACAAUUUGUACAAAAUAUGCUAGAAGCCAUGGCAAAUGAAUCAACAUUAUGGACUUUUGUGAAGUUCCAAUAUUAUAUUUCAACAUUUCUGCACAUGUGUCAUAGCUGGGCUCGAGAAUUUAACAUUGCAGUUUUUGAAAACAAAACUUUGCUAAAACAACUUGAAAGUGCAAACUUUGACUUAAUACUCACUGAUCCCUUUUUUGCAACAGGUGCAAUGCUGGCAUAUUAUUUAAAACUCCCCGUGAUAUAUAAUGUCCGUUCGCUUAGCAGUGGUGAAGCUCAUUUGCUAAUUGCCCCAUCGCCACUGUCCUACGUCCCAGUCCUUGGCUCACGACUGACAGAUAAAAUGAGUUUUCUCCAAAGAACACAAAAUGUCAUCAUAAGUCUUGUUCAACAACUGAUUACAGAUUUUAUUACUCACCCGAUUUACAAUGAUCUCUGCCAUCGCUAUCUGGACCCAGACACAGACAUUAAGACUAUUCUUUCAAGGGCAGAUGUGUGGCUGAUAAGAGUUGAUUUUACAUUUGAAUUCCCAAGACCUACCAUGCCCAAUAUUGUUUACAUUGGAGGAUUCCAGUGUAAACCAUCUAAACCACUGGAGACAGACUUUGAAGCAUUUGUCCAGUCCUCAGGGGAACAUGGGAUUAUUGUCAUGUCAAUGGGGACCAUCGUCAGCUCUUUGCCAAUGCACAUUACAAUGCAAAUAGCAGAGGCCUUUGCUCAAAUGCCUCAGAAGGUUAUCUGGAGAUAUGAUGGAAAAACCCCUCCCAACAUUGGAAAUAAUACACUACUGGCAAAAUGGAUCCCUCAGAGUGAUCUACUUGGGCAUCCCAAAACACGAGCCUUCAUUUGCCAUGGUGGCACCAAUGGAGUUUAUGAAGCCAUCUAUUAUGGGGUGCCAGUAGUUGGCAUACCUCUGCUUUUUGAUCAGUUUGAUAAUUUACUCAGACUUGAAGUCAGAGGUGCAGCAAAAGUCAUUAGCAUCACAACCAUGCAGUCAACAGAUCUACUGCAGGCACUUAAUGAGGUUAUAUAUAACACAUCUUAUCGGGAGAACAUGCAGAAACUCUCUGCUCUCCACAAAGACCAACCUGAGUCUCCAAUGGAGAGAGCUAUUUUCUGGAUUGAGUAUGUUGCGCGACACAAAGGGGCAGCACAUUUGCGCUCAGAGUCUUACCGACUCCCCUGGUAUGCUUACUAUUGUGUAGAUGUGAUGAUCUUUCUGUUGUCUUUAUUCAUCAUGACUACUGUGCUGACAGUCCUACUAUUGAAGACAGUUUGUAAAAUUGGCUGGAAGAGAAAGCAAAAAAUUCACUGAAUUUAAUGCUUUGAAUUGGGCAAGGGGCAUUCCUGUCUAGACAUUAUAUGUUUUAAUACUUUUGGGAAAAUACUACAUGAUUGGCAAACAUGUUAGACAACAGCAGCAAAAUUCUGUACUUACGUCACAUACUGUGUGAAGAACACAAUAUUUGAGUAUUAUUCAAAAUUUAUUCUCACAUGACUAGUCAAAAAUACGAACAUGAAAUGUCUGAGGUGCCCUGAGAGGAUUUGCGUAGAGAAGUCCUUUCCUGGAUAUAAGUUUGCUCGCUGAGCUGGAAGGUUCAUUUUCAAACAUUAAAUCACUA